UUUCUAUCAUGUUUUAAAUGUGAACUUUCUAUGUUAUAUGUUGUUUUAUACAUGAAAAUAUGACUAUAUAAACCAACCAUUUAAUCUACACCAAAGUUAUACAUAGACAAACAAAUCACAUAAACUUAGCAGUUAGCUUAGCCAAAAAAAAAACAAAACCCCUCUAUAAUUCUUUAACCAGACUUAACUUACCUCUCAACCGAACUUCAGAUUACUAAAGUUCAUUUUCCGUAGAAACCAGAAAGUUAAUACAAAAGAAACGUUUAUAGCAUCUGUCUUCUAACUUCAAAUUAUCAAUGGUAGUAGACAAAUUUGCAAAACUCUUCUGCAAGAAGAAGAAUCGCCACAACAAGUGUCACCCUCAACCUAAUGAAGAGUUAUCAUCUUCAUCGCUACAUGCUUUUCACUCCCAUGUUUCCAAACACAUUAACCAAUUAGCAGUGGAAUUGAAACCUGAGUCGGAAAACUUAUCAUUGUCAUGGUUCCUAAGAUGUUUUGGCCUUUUUCCUAUCAUCGACAAGGCUUUUGCAAAGCUUGUUAUGGACAUCGAUUAUCCAAUGAGUCAAUGGGAUGCUGAUUCUAUUGAAGGGUAUCUCAACUACACCAUGAAUUUGCUAGAGCUUUUGAAUUCAAUUUCUUCUUCUCUUUCUCAUCUUAGCCAUGCAAGGCUUUCUUUGGCUCAUGGUUUGACUUUGAUGGAGAAAGAGAAAUCACUUUCUUUGGCAAGAAAACAUUUGAAAGCAAUUAAACCAGCAGGGUGUUUUAGUACUAAUUUUGGUAAAUCUUUUCACACAGAAGAUCAUAAAGCAAAGAUUUUUUCUGGUAAGCAGUUGAUUGUUCAUGAGGGUGUAAAGGAAAUGAAGAGUAUUGGAUUUUGGGUAUGUGGAGUUCUCUUAUCUUGUUUAUAUGGUGAUUUUAAGCCCUACUUGGAGCUAAGAAAAAUUGUUGGUGGGUUUGAUGGUUCACUAGUUGCCACACUCGAUUCCAAAAUCAGUGAAAAGAUAGUAAAGAACAAGCUGAACUUCAGCGAGAUCGAAGAGAUAAAUAAUUUUGUAGCUCACCUUGUUGCCGGUGAUGAUGAUGAUGCAGACAAGGAAUUGCAAAGAAAGUUGUGUGAGUUUGAGAAGUUAUUUGGUGAUAUAAGCAAAGAGGUUGAUCAUCUAUUUGAUGAUGUAAUGAGUCAGAGAUCUAAAUUAAUUGAUGGAUUUCGACUCAAGAAAUAACAAUAAUAGUCCAUUGUUUGAUUCUUUAUGUAAAUAUCAAUAGUUUGUACUUAGCGUUUUUGUAAAUGUGUCUUGAGUUGUAUAAUUCUCAAGUCAUGUUAGUAGUAAUACUCACUGUAGUAAUAUAUUUAUUUUAUUUUUA